AUGUCCAGUGAAAAGUUACACAUUUCAUACAACUUUAUCCAUAAGCUGUGUCAAGAAACAGCCGUUAAAAUUAGGGAAGAUGGUAAACCAGAUGUGAUUGUCGCAAUUGGAGGAGGAGGUUUCAUCCCAGCAAGAAUACUCAGAAGCUUCAUUAAGCUACCUGGUGAAAAGAAUAUUCCAAUUCAAGCCAUUGGUUUGUCCUUGUACGAAGAUAUGGAAAAUGGAGAGGAUGCAAUUGGUAAAGAGGUCAUCCGUACGCAGUGGCUUGAUUUCGGAGCUCUGAGUCAACAUUUUGAUUCUUUGAUAGGUAAGAACGUGCUGAUCAUUGAUGAAGUCGACGACACCAGAACUACAUUACAUUAUGCAGUCAGUGAAUUGUACAAAGACGUCAAAGAAAUGGCAGAAAAAUUGGGACGUCAAGAUGAAAUCACCAAGUUCAACAUUUUUGUCCUUCACAACAAGAACAAGCCAAAGAGAGCAGAAAUAGACUUCAAAAUGCUAGGUGGUGGGCAGUAUUAUGCAGCAAGAGACGUUCCAGAUGCUUGGAUCGCCUAUCCAUGGGAAGCUGUAGACAUAGACGAACAUCAAAAACAAGCUGAAAGACAGGGUUUCGUGUAG